UUCCGGGUUGCCCCCCCAGCCGGCUGCCCCUGGAUGUGAAUGGGCCGCUGGAGGGGUUUCCAAGUUCGAGUCCCGCCAGGGGGAUGAGCCUCUUUGACCUUUUCCGGGGCUUUUUUGGCUUUUCCGGACCCAGGAGAGACCCCUUUUUUGGAGGGAUGACUCGAGAUGAAGAGGAGGACGAAGACGAAGGAGGAGCCACCUGGGGCCGUGGGAGCUCUGGGUUCCAGGGCCCCCAGGAACCUGAGGAAUUUGAGUUCGGCUUUAGCUUCGGCCCAGGAGGAAUGCGCUUCCACGACAACUUCGGCUUUGAUGAGCUGGUCCGCGACUUCAAUAGCCUCUUCAACGACAUGGGCGCCUGGACCUUGCCUUCCCGUCCUCCCGAACUCCCUGGCCUUGCAUCAGACACACCUGAUGAGGGACGCCAGGAGGGCCAGAGCCUUCGGGACUCUAUGCUGAAGUAUCCAGAUAGUCAGCAGCCCAGGGUCUUUGGAAAGGUCUCGGAGAGUGAUGCCAAGACAGAAUCCCACAGUGCAACCCCAGACUGGGACUCCCAGAGAACUUUUCCCAGGUUUGAUGAUGUGUGGCCAAUGCCUUCCCCUUCGAGAGCCAGAGAAGACAAUGACCUUGAUUCCCAGGUUUCCCAGGAAGGCCUUGGCCCGGUUUUACGGCCCCAGCCAAAGUCCUACUUCAAGAGUGUCUCUGUGACCAAGAUCACUAAGCCCGAUGGGACAGUGGAGGAGCGCCGGACUGUGGUGGACAGUACCGGCAAGUCAGAGACCACAGUGACCCUUCAGGAAAAGGAUGGCACUCCUAGAGGUGAUCCAGAAUCCUCAACAUCUCCAGCUUUGGAUGAUGCCUUUUCCAUCAUGGAUUUAUUUUUAGGACGUUGGUUUCGAUCCCGGUAGCCUUGUUAACUUUGCUUAACCAUCAAUGGGUUUAGUUUCUCAUGCCUUGUCAAGGCUUUGAAUAUAUGAAACAGUGAAUUGGGAGGAUGUCAGUCACAUACUUAAACUAACCAAUAAAGUCUUUUAUUUGUGCUAA